AAAAUUGAUGAAAAGCAUAGACGCACUUGCAUUGUAUCUGUCUCCAUUUCAGUUUGAGUCCGAUUUGGAUUGGAUGAGCUCAGACGAACCAAAAGUUUUGACAAUAUCUCUUUGAUUCCGAUCGUCUUCUGAAUUAGGGUUUCACUUUCACUUUCAGAGAGAGAGAAAUAUGGGUACUCCUCAAAAGGAAAAUGAAAGCAAGGGUUUCUUUUCCGCUAUGUCUUCUCGCUUUUCUGUCUUCAGCAACGCUAUGCACCGAUCUGUCAACGGGCUUCUGGGAUAUGAAGGCGUAGAAGUUAUAAACCCAGAGGGAGGUAAAGAUGAUGUAGAGGAUGAAGUUCAGAGAGGAAGAUGGAAACCGGAGGAAAGAGAUAGUUACUGGAAGAUGAUGCAGAAUUAUGUUGGGGCAGAUGUAACAUCACUGGUGACACUGCCGGUUAUUAUAUUUGAGCCAAUGACUAUGAUUCAAAAAAUGGCUGAGUUGAUGGAGUACUCCUACUUGUUAGAUAAAGCAGAUGAAUCAGAGGAUCCCUACAUGCAGUUGGUGUAUGCAUCAUCAUGGGCUAUAUCUGUGUAUUUUGCAUACCAACGAACUUGGAAGCCUUUUAAUCCUAUCCUUGGAGAGACUUAUGAAUUGACUAACCAUGGUGGAAUUACAUUUCUUGCAGAACAGGUUAGUCAUCAUCCCCCAAUGAGUGCUGGGCAUGCUGAGAAUGAACAUUUUACUUAUGAUGUAACUUCAAAGUUAAAAACUAAGUUUUUGGGAAAUUCUGUUGAUGUGUACCCUGUUGGAAGAACGCGUGUGACCCUUAAGAGGCAUGGUGUAGUCUUAGAUUUGGUGCCACCUCCUACAAAGGUUAAUAACCUGAUAUUUGGCCGGACUUGGAUUGAUUCACCUGGGGAAAUGAUAAUGACAAAUUUGACAACUGGAGACAAAGCUGUACUUUACUUUCAACAGUGUGGAUGGUUUGGUGCUGGUCGCUAUGAAGUGGAUGGCUAUAUUUAUAAUUCUGCUGAAGAGCCUAAAAUUUUAAUGACUGGGAAGUGGAAUCAGUCAAUGAACUAUCAACCUUGUGAUUUAGAAGGAGAGCCUCUUCCAAACACCGAAUUGAAAGAGGUUUGGCAUGUUGCUGAUGUUCCACCAAAUGAUAAAUUCCAGUAUACACAUUUUGCUCAUAAACUAAACAGCUUUGACACAGCCCCUAAAAAGUUGUUGGCAUCAGACUCUCGACUACGCCCAGAUAGAUAUGCACUUGAGAUGGGUGAUCUGUCAAAAUCUGGAACAGAAAAGAGCAGUUUGGAGGAGAGGCAGCGUGCUGAAAAGAGAGCCCGGGAGGAAAAAGGGCAUAAAUUCACACCAAGAUGGUUUGACUUAACCGAAGAAGUUACACCGACACCUUGGGGUGAGUUGGAAAUCUACCAAUAUAAUGGCAAAUACGACGAACAUCGGGCUGCUGCAGAUAAUUCCAACAGCAUUGAUGCUGAUGUUAAAUCAAUUGAAUUCAAUCCAUGGCAGUAUGCUGACUUGGCCACGGAAUGAAGUAGUUUCAAUGUACUUUUGUUUUUGGAUGCAAGAAAUCAAAUUUUUUAUCUUGUGUUGUUGGCUUGUGUACAUUGUAUCUGCAAUUCUCUUUCUGCCUAUAUUUUAGUAUUUGAUUGCCAUAUGGAAUAUUUUGCAUUGCCAGUGUCUGUACUGGUUACCAUGAAAUUGUAUAUAUCCUAUGCUGUUUUUAACAAGUCAAACAUUAUUUACGUGUUUUUGAAUCAUA